AUGUCGCUCUCCGACGGCGACCAAGUCCCUCCCACGGCUGCUGCGAACCAGACCAAUGAUGUAGCUCUAGCAGCAGGCCAAAACCACGGCAACACGGCAACGACCAACUACCAAGACAACAGCAGAGGUGGCGUCGGUGCCACCGUUCCGUAUUUGAGCUAUUUCGGAGAUGACAAUGACGGCAACAAGGAAGAAGGAACCUUAGUUAAGGAUGAUAGAAACACCGACCACCCUAAUCAUGAUCAACAGAAUGGUGCUGUUGAAGCCCAGCAAGAUGUAUCCCAGCCGAACACAUCAGCUCUUAGUUCUGACCUGUCUGAAUCGCAGACAGGUCAUUCUGAAGUUAACACUUACACUUCACAUGAUCUUUCUAAGUCUCUCAAUAUCCCUGUCCAACAUGUGCACCAGCCUGUUCCGAACACGAGCCGCUCGAGCCCACAAGAGGCCCAAGAACCUCAAGAGCCGCAAGAACAGGCCGUAGUCGCCUCGUCGAUCGCCCAUACCUUGGAUGCACCUCAGCCACCGGCAGAGACUGCCGCUGAGGAGACUGAAAACAAGAACCAAACUCAAGGUCAUGCCCUAUCAAGUGCUGCCAAUGAUGAUAAUAUUGAUAUCCAGGACAUUGUGGACAAGAUCAUAGGUAAUUCUUCCACUGGACCUGCCCAACAGUCAUCGGUACAGCAGAUUUCUGCCAACGCGCCAUCUGUGUCCCUGCCUCCCAGACCGCCUAUGCCUCAGCAACCUCCCCUAGCCCAGCCACAUGUGCGUCUAGAAGAUGUUCCUGGUCUCAACUAUCAGCCGGGCCUUUCUUAUCCCCAUGCCACCGGCAUUGCCUCCUCUCUGCCGCCUCCGCCCGGCACUUACUCAGUCGGCGCUCCUGGGACGGCUCUAGAAGCUCGUAAUACUCUCCCACCCCCGCCGUCCUCAUCCUCUCUUAGUUCUCUGCCAGCCCAUCCUUUCCCAGUGGCACAAUUUGAUCCUACUUAUGUUGCUGCGACAGGCAUCCGAUCGCAACCCAGCGACCAGUCUCAACAAUGGGAGACAUUUUUGCAUGAGGAACGCCGUUACGUAUCCGAAGCCAAGUGGGACCGUUUUCCGGAAGGAUCGAGAUUGUUUAUUGGAAAUCUCUCUAGUGACAGAGUCUCUAAGAAAGAGGUGUUCGACCUCUUUUCUAAAUAUGGCCGCUUGGCGCAGAUUUCUCUCAAGCAGGCAUAUGGCUUCGUGCAAUACCACACUAUGGCGGAAGGUCAAGCUGCGAUGGAUCAUCUGCAGGGAAUCGAUGUUAGAGGCCGUAAGAUUCCGGACCUUGAAUUUUCCCGCACGCAGAAGAAGGAUGGUGACGGUGACAAACGUAGCAACAAGAGCAAGCGUGAUAAUGAACGUCACGAUGCUGCACGUGGUCGACGUGAUGAUUAUCGCCCUAGUCGCCAAUCAUCUCCUCGCCGAGGCAGUCAUCGCCAACAGAAUUCGUACGAUAGUGGCCGUGGCUAUUAUGAUGAUUAUGGUGGUCGUGGUCGUUCACGGUCUCCCAGCUACGGAAGACGCGACUCAGGCAGCUAUCGACACCGAAGCCCUAGCCCGUACCGGCGUCAAAUUUCCGAGGCAGAACUCGAUAUCCCUCGUAGGUACGGAGGAGAUAUCCCGGAUGUGCAGUUCCUUAUUAUCCAAGAAGUCGAACGAGACUUCGUUGGUUGGGUUGAGCGCUCCUUUCUCGACCUAGGCUUAAAGGUGCAGGUCAUGUUCCUACACUCUAACCUCUCCCGAGAGGCCGUAAUCCAGCGUCAGGUGAUGGAAGGCGUUUAUGCAGUGGUUGAACUGGAUUAUCAAGCACAACGAAGCGGCACCGUCUCACUACAGGUGUUCAAUCGCUCUGGCGGACGUGGUAGUAUUCGCUAUGAUCAAUACCAAGACCUUGCCCCCAGCAUCGCGGCCCAGCUUGUUCAUCGCGCCAAGCCUCAAGCUCCCCAGGUCCAGCAUAUCCCUCCCUAUGGUGGUGUACAGUAUCCGCCGACCCCGACCCAAUACCCUCCGGCUCCACGGCCUACUUACGUACCUCCUUCGUAUCCAAGCCAGCCCUAUCCUAGUGCACCAGUUCCUCCUAUUGGCGGCACACAGGGCUCUUUAGACAACGCCACCUUGCAAAAGAUUCUUGGAAGUCUUCAUAGUCAGCAAGGCACUCCGUCUAAUGCGCCCCAGGCUUAUGCUUCAAGUCAGACAAUUGUGCGACCCCCUGUUAAUCAGGAUCCGAAUGCAGCCUACCCUGGCGUCGGAGCAAGCAAUCAUCCUUAUGCGCCUGGUCCUAAUCGACAAUACAACGCGAACUAUCCACCUGCUCCCGCUCCCGGAGGACCAGGAGUGCCAGGCGCCCAAGGCGGCGAUCCAAACCAACAUGUGCAGACUAUCAUGGCACAACUAGCUCGAUACCGCCAGUGA